CUGGACAGUCCACUGCAUCAAACAACUGACGGUUAGGAUGUUUUGAGCCAAACUUAAUUUUCUUCACCAAAAAUAAAAUAUUUUUCUUACAAUUAAAGGCCAAACCGGGCUUAUUACAAAAAGAGAAAGCUCAGAAACAUAUAAAAAUGUCGACAUGACGUCAGAGGAUAAUUGAGACGGUUGAUUUGAACGACGGCGAGGACUUUAGGGUUCCUGCUUCCAUGGAGAUUACAAAGAUCUUAAAUCAUGACGAAGGAAUUGCCGAACCGAGGAUGAAGAAGAGAAUGAAACCUGGAUCUCUCACAUCUCUUAACAGUCUUGACGAUGGUUGCCUCAUGCACAUCCUCAGCUUCCUAUCUCCAAUUCCAGAUAGGUAUAACACAGCACUCGUGUGCCACAGAUGGAGAUAUCUGGCGUGUCACCCUCGCUUGUGGCUACGUGUUGACCGUUUUGUGAAGGAUCUAUCUCAGCCUGGAGUUUUCCACAACAUUGAGUCAGCCGUAUCUGCAGCGAGACCCGGAGAUACCAUUUUAAUAGGAGCUGGUGGGAAUCAUCUUGUUUCUAAUAUUCAGAUUAAUAAGCCUCUUUGCCUGUCCACUCAUAAUGGGAUUCUCCGCUACCUGCGUCUUAGUAAUCCUCAUUUUCUCAUAUUGAGCAAGACAUGGAAAGAUGUUAUAUCUCAUCUUUGCUUUGUUCAGAUUGGUGGAGGCGAGAUUCCUGAUGAAACCACCCUCGUCUGUUCUCGAAGUUCAGACAGUGCCCUGGAGUUGCUAUCAACCUGCAAGCUUGCGAAUUUAACAGUGAAAGCGGAGCUUGGUUGCUGCUUGCUUCAUAGGAGUGGAAGGCUAACCAUUGAUGGGUGUGUGCUUCAGUGCGAAACAAACCCUUUGGAUCAUCUCUCAUGCCCAAUCGUGAGCACUGCUGGAGAAGAUGAUGAAGAAGAUAUCUUGAGCCACGUGGAAGUGAAGGAAACUGUUGCUGAAAAGAUGAAAGGAAACAGCGUGAGCGUUUUGCAGACAAGGAUCGAGGGAGGUGCGAAGGCUGUUUCGACGAGCGGAGAUUUGGUCCUGCAGCGUGUUCGAGUCAUGUAUUCGAAGGCUUAUCUCUAUUUCUGGUUUGAUGUAGAUCACGAGUGAAAGUGAUCUUUGUUGUAUGUUAGAUUACUACACCCUUUCUUCAACCUGUAACAUUUGUAAUUUGUGGGAUGGGUGGUCAUUAUCAUCAUCAUCUCCCUUUGUAUUUUAUGUUUACACAGAACUCUCUUUUUCUUUGUGUAUGAUUACUUUAUUAAGAAAUAAAAAGUUCUUUUAGGGCGAAUUUAGUUAUGGGAAAAUUCCAUAUUAAUACACCAAGUUAAUUUCUAUUA